GUCAGAACCAGAUCAGACCAAGGAAGUAUAGUAAAAUUGUGAAAAGAAACUGAAUGGGAUCUUUACCGAUAUUGAAUCUGAGUCUAAGCAGCAUCAAUCUAUGUCGCCGGGGAUUGGAGGGAGACGGCGGGGGAGGAAAGAGGAGCAGCAGCGGAAGAGUAGUGAGAGUAGUUAGAGCGAUGGCGGUACCGAAAUUUAAAGGAACACAGUUGAGAGAGCAGGUAUUGACGGAGAUGAUCGAGAAGAAGGUGAAGGAGGCGGAGGAAGUGUGUGGUGGGAAAGGAGAAGUGGCGGCGUCGGAGGAGUGUAAGGUUGCUUGGGACGAGGUCGAGGAGCUGAGCCAAGCCAAGGCUGAUUUCCGUCGUAAGUUGGAGAAGCAAGAUCCUCUCGAGUAUUUUUGUCAAGAUAAUCCUGAGACCGACGAGUGUUGGAUCUACGAUGACUGAUCGUCGAUCAUCAUGAAUGAUUAUGCGUAUGUAUAUUAUUGAUCGAUUAUGAUGUGUGGAUGUAUGAAUCAUAAUUAUAAUUAUUGUAAUGAUCGAUAUAUUAAUGUUUUUAUUAGUUUUUCCAUAUUGUAUAUGUAUUAUAAUUAUUUCAUUAAAAAGUAUUUAUAACAAUAUUUUGUUUGGUUCUUCAAAAUGAUAAUAAAGACUAUCUUUAUUGAUUGAUA